AUGCACAAGUCAGUGACUCCGAAAUUGAGUCCGCUCAGGAAAAAAUGGGAGGAACGAGGAAUUAUGCUAAAUGAAAAGAAGCAAAAAAUGACUAGUUCGUGUGUGGGAAGUGCUUGGGAGGGGCUUGAAAAGUAUCAACUUGUAUGUUUUAGCUGUCGAGGCGUGCACCCGAGCAAGGCAACGUUACUAAAGCGGAGGGAAACGCGAGGUACUGAGGACGUUCCUGCCGCCGCGAGCCGAGCAUGGCUGACACCGCGAGGUUGACCCUCUGAAGCUGUUGCACGAGCCCGCGUUCGGGCACGCGGCCGAUCCGCGCGACUGCGACUACUAAUACGCUUUUUGUCCCGCAAGCGCGUGUGUGUGUGCGUGCGCGCGUCUGCUUUAAAAAAAAGAAACACACAGUUCAGUUAAGGAGCGCGAAAGGCAAAGAAGCGGGUGGAAGAAAACAAACGAAGAAAGCCACGAAGUGUUCGAAAUAUGAUCACCUUUCUGUUCGCAGCGCUACUUGUUCCUCCCGUGCUGUCUUCGUCGACACAGGUGGCGGCCAUUUUCCCCCAGGACCCGGCCCUGCGGAUCGGCUCCAGUCUGACAGCGACCUGCUCCGUGAGCGCCGAGCUGGGGAUCCAUGCCAGCAGCCUCUUCUGGACGCUCAACGGCAAGCGUCUGCCCAGCAACACCUACAGCGUGCUGGGCCCGGCCGCCCUGAGCGUCACCCUAGACCGCCUCAAUGGCUCCAGGCAGCAGUCGGGCGACAACCUUGUCUGUCACGGCAGCGGAGGCCACGUGCUUGCCGGCUCCUGUCUCUAUAUUGGCAUGCCCCCUGAGAAGCCAGUAAACUUGACUUGUUGGUCCCGGAAUACCAAAGACCUCACCUGUCGAUGGGCUCCAGGCAGCCAAGGAGAGACGUUCAUCCGGACAAAAUAUACCCUCAAGUACAAACUCAGGUGGUAUGGCCGAGAAAGGGAGUGUGAGGACUACAACACUGGACAGCCAUACACUUGUUAUAUCCCACGUGACUUGGCCCUUUUUACACCAUAUGAAAUCUGGGUGGAGGCAUCCAAUCAGCUGGGAUCUGCUGUCUCUGACAUCAUCACCUUGGACAUUCUUGAUGUAGUGACCACAGACCCCCCAGCCGAUGUCCAUGUGAGUCGUGUGGGAGAGUUGGAGGACCAACUUAGCGUUCGCUGGAGCAGCCCACCUGCUCUCAAAGACUUUCUUUUCCAGGCCAAAUACCAGAUCCGUUUUCGACUGGAGGACAGCAUGGACUGGAAGGUGGUGGAUGAUGUGGGCAAUCAGACGUCCUGCAGGCUCGCCGGCCUCAGGCCAGGGACAGUGUACUUUGUCCAGGUGCGCUGCAACCCAGUGGGCAUCUAUGGCUCAAGAAAAGCUGGGAUUUGGAGCGAAUGGAGCAACCCUACAGCUGCUUCCACACCACACAGUGAGCGGCUGCUGAGUGGGUCCUGUGAGCCCAAGUCUGGUGAGCAAAACUCCACGCUCCGGCGGGAGCUCAAGCAGUUCUUUGGCUGGGUACGCAAGCACGCCUACGGCUGCAGUAGCAUGAGCAUCAAGCUGUACGACCAGUGGCGUGUCUGGCUGCAGAAGUCCCACAAAGCGCGCAACCAGGUAGAUUCUACAAGGCGAUAAAUCAUAGCAGGCUGUCAAAAAACCCAGAAAAGAAACACAACCUCCUCCCCCUCCAAAAAAAAAAAAAAAAAAAAAA